CCCUUUAUUCGGGCCGCAGCCGCCUCCCGCUUAAUCGGCGCACACUACCUCUGCUCCCGUAUAUAUAUAUAUAUAUAUAUAUAUAUUGAAUCUUGACCUACAGCCCUGAGUAGCCAGGACUGCACUGCUGCACGCCGGUUCCCACCAACCACACCCCUAUCUGCCGUCCAUUGCCACCUCACCUCCUGCCCUGCCCCUCUCCCUGGAUUUUAUCCGUCGCCUGGAGCGCGCCUUGAGCCAGCUGCUGGCAGUUCCCGCCACCUUUGUCUUCCAUCCCUUCUGCAUACCCGUUCUUUGAUACAUCACCUAUCCUCACUUUCACAAUGGCAGACUUAGACGCCGAGCUCCUUGCCCUGGCAGGGGGUGAUGAUUCAUCAGAUGAGGAAACUUCCAUGCCUGCUCAGUCAAAGGAGCUCUCUCCUCCCCCUUCUCCCUCCUCCAAAGAAAAGCAACCUGAGGAUGAAGACGAGGAGAUGGCGCGCAAAGGUGUUGCAAGGCCUGUCAAGCGAAGAAAAAGAGCGAGGAUUGAGGAGGAAGAGGAGGAAGGCGAACUGUCCUCUUCUACUCCUCGCUCCCGCAAGUCCCUGAACUCUGCAUCCAUGUCCGAAUCCGAAUCUGAGGGAUCGCCUCCCGAUGAAGAUAAUCAAGGCCCGAUCUUUUCCUACGAAAAGCUGUUCUACUCCGCCAAAGACAAAGAAGAGAUUAUGGCCAUGCCGGAGAUUCAGCGUGAAGAGUUGCUUUCCGAAAGAGCUCAGCUCGUUGAUCGCCACAACCAAGAUAUCGCGCUUCGUCGCCUCCUCGCCAUGCGUGAACGGGAGGAAGCUAAGGUCGCUGAGAAGAGAAAGCGUAAGGCUUCCGAUGCUGAAGGCCAGCGCAAGAGCGCUCGCCAGAAGACCACUCUAGGCGGUCGUAAGGUCGGCGAAACAUCCGAUGCCAUCGAAGCCUAUAAACGUCAGCGGGAGCAGAAGGGAAAACGUGAUGAGCAGCGCCGUCGUGAUGCUAGUAGUAGGAAGAAGGACGGACGUUCUCGCUCCGUGGAAGGCUCUGACGUUGACGCUCAUGGUGAAAGCGAAGUCGAAUGGGAUGAGGGAGCUGCUCGCCGUUCUACCUCACCAACCAAGGACGAUCCUCCGGCUGACUUCCGAGACUUCGAGCGUGCACGAGUUAGCCGUAGCAACUUUGCCCAAUAUUGCUUCUACCCAAAUUUUGAGAAGCUUAUCACUGGCUGCUACACUCGUAUCAACGUCGGCCCACAUCCAGAUACUGGCGAACUUGUUUACCGCCUUUGUCUCAUCACUGAUUUCACUGAAGGUAGACCAUAUGCUAUUGAAGGUCCAAACGGGAGGAAGUUUGUCACUAAGCAGUACGCUGUGCUUGAGCAUGGAAAGUCGAAGAAGGAGUUUCCAUAUAUUUUUUGCUCUGACUCUCCAUUUACUGAGUCGGAGUUCAACCGCUAUCGUCAGACCAUGGUCGUGGAAGGCUUCAAGAUGCCCACCAAGUCAGUCUUGAACAAGAAGAUUGAUGAUAUUCACUUCCUUAUCAACUAUCGCCUUUCGAAGGAGGAACUCGAGGAAAAGCUAAAACGCCAAGGCACUCACGACAACAAAAUGGCAGUCUUUCAGCGUCUUCAGCUGCAAAAGCGCCGUCAGGAAGCAGUUGCAACCGGUGAUGAAGCUGCUAUUGCUGAAUGUGAUGCAGAAAUCGCCCGCUUGUCCGGUCCAAAACUGGCGUUUGGAACUUCCCUCGUGGAGCCUAGGUCUACCGAAAAGACACAGCAAGAACGAUUGGCCGAACUCAACCGUCGAAACCAAAAGCUAAAUGCCGAAAAUGUGCGCAAAGCUCAGCUUGAGGAGAGACGAGCUGCUCGACUGCAGCAGGCAGCUGUUGCCCGUGGAGAAGCCCUUCCUGACCGGUUUGCCCGCGUCAAGACCCGAGCUCGAACCCACUACGAUGCAAGUGGCAACCGUCUUUUGCCCAAGAAACAAGAAUCUGGAGAAGUUAGCGGGUCUGUCACUCCACUGACAACUGGCGCCAAUACUCCCAACAAGGCUACACCUCCUCCUGGUGUCAACCACGCCAAUGUUACUAAGGAGACCAAGCCGCAGACUGGGAUCCCGAAACUCCGUUACGCUCCCAAUGCCGAUGAAAUCCUUGCUGCUUCCCUGGACUUUGAGAUUGACAUCGAAAUCUAAGUUCCCUUUCCAGCCUCUAGAUUUCAUGAACCUACAAUGCGCAUUGAUGGCUUAAUGGACUGAUAUGCGUGUACUUCUCUGCGUCCCCGGCGGUGUUUAAGAUUUGUUUUUGGCGUUGGUUGACGGACAUAAUAAAACAUUAGGUCAGAUGCGUCCGGGCGUUGGGUACAUGCAGGCUCUCUUUGGUUGGUUCCGGUGCAAGUGCAUUGCUGGGUCCUCGUAUGUACUGUACUUUCUAUGUUUCACUUCGGGCUUUCUUUUUUUUUUUUUUUUCCUUCUACCGCCACGGCUUGAUUUUUGAU